CGGUAACGGAAUUAAAAAAAUAGAAAAUCGUGUUUUUGUUUCAGUUAAGUUUAAUUGAAAAUAUGGAAAAUAUUUUAAAGCUAGUUCAAGAGAGUUAUCCCAAAUUCUUCGUGCAGAAACAAAAAAGUCCUAGCUAUGUUCAAAUGUAUACUAAAAACAACAAUGAUAUUGCGAUCGUUUAUUUCAAGAACAAGCAAACCUUUACCAGUAUUGGAAAUAAUCCUCAAAAGAACAGUGAAGUUAUAGAUGAACUAGACUUGACUGGAUCCCCUCUCAAGCUGGAUUUGAGUCUUCACACAAUCCUGGAUGAUACCCUCCUGACGGAUGAACCCCAACUGUGGGCAAAGGAGGAAGCAUUGCAUUAUCCUCUUAGUAUUGAAAAAGCUAGGGAAAUAGCAAAUCUAUACAACAGCAGUCUAACUCAAUGUACCAAGGAGGAUUCCUUACCAAUGUGGAUUCUCACAAACCCAUCCGAAGAAGGUCAUCCUCUGCUUCUAACUAUGCAGUCAGAUUCCCAUCACUUUGCCAGAGGUAUUGUGGUGUAUGAUGGAGCUUUGCCAUUGGAAGAUGUGGAGUUUUCUAGCUUGAUUGAAACAUACGCUCUGCAAGAAAAAAUAUCUGCAGAUAUGAUAAAAAUAUCCUUAGACUGCAAGUACCUCAUCUCCGGGAUCUCAUACGGUUCCCACAACACCGAUGAGCUGUUAAAUGCUCCGCACAGCGGGCUCACAGAACUCCGCUGUGAAUGGUCCGGGAAGGUGCUUAAGACACCUUUUAUUAGCUGCAAAGUAUACUUUGAACAAGAAGUAAUAAUAGGUCAUCUAGCCAGUCCCUGUAAUGCAAUCUGGAAGUCUGUCUGUUCAUUGCACAGUAUGAACCAGCUAUUAGUGGACAUGACGGCUGCAGGAUACAGCUCUGUUAACUUAGAAACAGCCACCAUUAGGCACAUGGUCCCAGGAUCGAAACGCCUGGACAAUACCAAACGUCUCAACGACCUUCUCAAUGAGACUGAGAUAUACGCUUAUACCGCAGAGUUCCCUCCUGGAGGUUGUAUAUGUAUCAGUGAGGACACGACCUCUUUGAAGCAAUGCAUGGCAGCCAUGCAAGCGAGGGGUUCAAGCAAUGACUUCACUUACCGCUUGUGGGAUGUGCUUAGAGAUUGUGAAACGGCUGAAGAACUUAUUACAUUGCUAAUACAAGCACUCAAAUUCAUAUCUUCUGGAAAGAUUCGACCAUUCAUCGACGCAAACAACAAGACGUACCUCUCAAAGUUGGUUCUCAAACUGUCCAGAGGGCAUUCCCAAGCGGCCAAAGUGUUAAAGAACCUCCGCACUAGCCCGCCGCAAGCUCUGUCUUUAGUGGCACAAGUGGGGGUUGAGAAGACCAUGUGGGAAUAUACCAGAGUGAUGUCUUUAUUGGAGCACUCUUUCUUCAUUGCUGGGAUCUGGACCAGCGAAUCUAGGUAAGAACCUUAAGACAACGCAAUAAGGUAGAAUUAUAUUCGCUAGUCGCACAAGUGGGGGUUGAGAAGACCAUGUGGGAAUAUA